AUGAGUGCAGAUCUAAAGGAACUGUUGGAGGCGCAGAACGACAUCCACGGACGAAUGUCUCGCUCCGUGGACAAUCUGCGCAAGAUGGGCGUCUCGAGCAUCACCGCCGAAGCGAUUCAGGCUCGCCUCCGCAUUCUCGACACGCUGUGGACCAGAUUCGAGACCCAUCAUGACCUCAUUGUAGCGGCGCUGAAAGACAAAUAUCUUGAGAGUGAGUACGCAAAGAAUGAUUUUAUCGAUAUCGCGGAAACUACUUACGUGACACAAAGGAGCAUGCUGGUCGAAUACGCGCACAAACUCAAGGGCGAGUCGCCCACUACGCCCAAGGUCGAGGCUCACCAAGAGCAGACGCUCAAGACCUCGCUGCCGCGAAUUAAGCUCCAGUCGUUCUCCGGUGCAUACAGUGAUUGGCCCGCGUUUCGCGACAUCUUCUUGUCCAUCGUCGGGAGCAAUACAUCCAUUUCCGACGUGGAAAAGCUCCACUAUCUCCGUACGAGCUUACAGGGUCCUGCGGAAAAACUAAUUAGGUCCUUGCCGAUUGUCGGGGGCAGUUAUGACAGGGCGUGGUCAAUUUUAAGUUCUCACUACGAGAACAAGCGAGAGCUCAUUCGCGCCAACUUCGCUGCCUACACCGCCGUGCCUAAAAUGAAGAACGCGACCGCUGACGAGUUGAACCGAAUUUAUAACGCCGCUACGACUGCCAUCAAUGCUCAGGAGAGCAUUGAAAGACCCAUCGGCACGCACGGUAUGGACCUCUUCAAUUACCUGCUCGUCGAGCGCUUUGACACACAGACUCGAAUGCAGUGGAAGUCCUCGAUCCGCGAUUCCGUCGACCCGCCAAGCAACGACGUCCUUAUGGACUUCAUAGCGAAGCAGAUCCUCACGCUGAACGCCGUGCAGCCAACCACUGCCGCAAAAUCCGGAGACACUUCUCGGUCCGCAAAGUCGCACUUUGUAAAACGCGCAUCCGGUUCGUCAACGUGCGCCGCCUGUAAAGAAAAGCAUUCGAUUAUGCAAUGCUCGACGUUCAAGGCCAAGACCGCUGCCGAGCGAAAAGGCCUAGUAGAAGCAAACAGAUUGUGCUUCAACUGCCUCGGCAACCAUUACCUGGCAAAAUGUCAGUCGUCGAAAACUUGCUUCACUUGCAAAGCACGCCACCACACGCUUCUGCACGACGCAUACUCGCAAUCUGAUGGUGCGAUUUCCUUGUCCACCACACGCUUCGCAUCAGACCGCAAGGCGAUUCUUCUUGCCACCGCACGGGUCACUAUCAAGGACCACGUGGGAAGACCGCACGACAUCCGAGCACUGAUCGACCAAGGAUCAGAGGUCUCUCUAGUCUCAGAGGCCCUGGCACAACGAUUGCGCCUGCCGCGGAUCCGCUCCUCGAUGACGAUAGCCGGGAUCGGAGGAGCCUCUGGAGCAACCCGCGGACGGCUGUCUUUGGCGCUCUCCUCGGCAAUAACCGGAGCAACGCUCCCAGUCCAGGCGUACGUCCUGCCGCAUCUCUCCUCGUACCAGGGGCCCAUCGUGCGAGCCAGCGUCACCUGGCCCCACAUACGCGGUCUCUCUCUGGCCGAUCCGCAGUAUUUAGACCGAGAUUCAAUCGAGAUACUGCUCGGUGCGGAUGUCUAUUCCGCCAUCCUUCAAGAUGGACUCCGCAAAGGAUGCAAAGACGAGCCCAUCGCGCAGAAGACCUCCCUCGGGUGGAUCCUGUCGGGAGGACACCGAGCCACGACCCAGGGUAGCCAUGCCGCUCACCAAUGCACUAUUGACCGCCAGCUGACCGACUUGGUGCAGCUCUUCUGGGAGCAAGAGAAGGAGCAUACCGCUCCCGUCGCUCUUACCCCGGAGGAGAGAAGAUGCGAGGACAUCUUCGUCCGCGAGCACUCACGCACCACCGCCGGACGUUACAUUGUGAGGCUUCCCUUCUCCGGAGCUCCACCCUCUCUGUCGGGAACCCGUCGGCCGGCCGAGCGUUUGCUCCAUGCCAUGGAGCGCCGCUGCGACAAGGACGCUCGAUUCGGCAACCUCUAUCGCAGCUUCAUGAAGGACUACGAAGACCUGCAACACAUGGAAGCUGUAACCACAUCAUCACAACAAAAAGAUACUGCAAGGUGCUACUUACCGCAUCACGGAGUGUUGCGAGAAACGAGCACCACCACUAAGCUCAGGGUCGUGUUCAACGGCUCACAGCUCACGACCUCGGGCACCUCACUCAACACCAAUCUGCUGACUGGUGCCAACCUCUUGCCAGUUCUCGCCGACGUACUCCUGCGCUGGCGCUGGCACCGUUACGUCUUCUUGGCGGACAUUGAGAAAAUGUACCGCCAAAUUCUUGUUCAUCCAGACGACCGCGAUCAUCAGCGGAUACUUUGGCGGCACCGUGCCGUUGACGACAUCCGCGAAUACCGCUUGCGAACGGUCACGUAUGGCUUGGCGUGCGCGCCAUUCCUCGCCAUACGGACCUUACACCAGCUCGCCGACGAUGAAGGUCACCGAUUUCCACAAGGAGCUGUCGCGCUGCGCCGCGAUACUUACGUGGACGACGUCGUGACCGGCGCGAGCACCCUCUCGGAGGCCACCGCAGCGCAACGGGAGCUCCGCAGCCUCUGCAUGGCGGGCGGGUUUCCUCUUCGGAAAUGGGCGGCCAACCACCUCAGCAUCCUGGACGGCGUUCCGCACGAGCACCGGCUCACCCACUCACCUCACUCAUGGUCUCACGAGAGCCACACAACACUCGGUCUUCACUGGCACCCGGCCGGUGACUACUUCACUUUUUCACAACCGACACGUCACUUCGACGAACUUACAAAACGGCGUGUCCUGUCCGAAACCGCACGAAUGUUCGAUCCUCUCGGCUGGAUCACCCCGGUCACAAUGCGGGCCAAGAUCCUAAUCCAGUCCGCCUGGCUCCAGAAGAUCGACUGGGACACUCCACUUCCAUCACCGGACACGCUCGCUUAG